UAACUUUCAAGUUAGAACAUUCGCUUGAGCUUACCAUCUUGUUUGGUUAUUAUCCCUUACCCCGGUCCUAGGACCGAUCUACCCCCCUUAGCUACGAUAGCUGCGAAAGGAGUCGACCAUAUUCCCCUCCCUCCCAUAUCCCUCGUCGACAAUGCAGUACGUACGAAAUAUCAGCGAUUCGGUAUCUACCGCUUGGAACUCGAUUAACCCGGCUACCUUGAGCGGCGCCAUCGAUGUAAUUGUGGUCCAACACGAGGAUGGCACCUUGUGUUGCUCCCCUUUUCAUGUCCGUUUCGGGAAGUUCUCCUUACUACGACCCUACGAAAAGAAGGUCGAAUUUAGGGUCAAUGGAUUCAAGCAGGAUUAUGCCAUGAAGCUAGGCGAAGGGGGCGAGGCCUUCUUCGUUUUCGAGACGAACGAUAAUAUACCCAAGAGCCUCCAGACUUCGCCUCUCAGCUCUCCGGCCUCUAGUCCACCCCUUGGGCCUAACAGAACCUAUUCGUCCGGUGAACUCCAAGAGCCCGACUUUUUGCAGUUGGAUAGCGAUUCUAGGCAACCGCGCUCCAUGGCUCUAUCACGACCUAAGGCUAAUGUCCUUCCAUCUCAGACCCCUCGUCCAGGCGUGAUAGAACCUCUUGCAUCCUCUCCUGAGCUAGGUACUAGCAGACUAGAUUCAAGAGGGUGGGCCGGUUCUUCUGCUCGAGCCUCAUACAGUGAGGAGCUUCUACCGGGCACCACUCAAGUCGAUACUGAACUCGACGAGUCGACUGUCGAUUCACAAGAAUCAGAUAGCCAAGACGCUACCCAAAGAUCACGAAGCCCCCCUCCGUUGGCUCCUCGGGAAGCGAUUCGACGAGCUAUGACCUUAUCGAAAGAGUUAUCAGCCGUAAAUAUACCUAGCCGAGUGACAGACACGGGUGACCUCAUGCUGGAUAUGACAGGAUACAAGGCCAGUGAAGAGGAUGCAAUCAAAGCCGAAAUCCUAGCUCGUAAGAUAUUAUCGGAAGAGCUACAAGGCGACUAUGAUAUCGGCGCUCUGUUUGGGAUGGAUGAAGAGGGAAACCUUUGGAUCUACAGUAGCGAGGAUGCGAAAGAAGCAGCCAUGAAAAAGACAGUGGCAUCUUUAAGACCAUCUCCUACAGUCCCAAUCGACGCUGUUUCAGACCCUGGGUACCAAAGUGACGAUUCGACUACGUCUACACAGGCCCCUUCCCACAGGAGAAGCGAAUCCGACGUCGGCCAAGGUGCGAUCCACACUCCACCGACAACCCCAGGGUCAUCGUCCGCGGGAAAUCCUAACAGGAACUACGCCAAGACCCUUCGUCUGACCAGUGACCAGCUGAAGGCGUUGGACUUGAAACCUGGUGAGAACUCGAUGAGCUUCACUGUGAACCGGGCGACAUGUCACGCGUACAUGUACCUCUGGAAGUAUGAUGUCCCAGUUGUCAUUUCUGAUAUCGAUGGCACCAUAACCAAAUCGGAUGCUUUGGGUCAUGUAUUAAACAUGAUUGGUCGGGACUGGACUCACGCAGGUGUUGCGAAGCUUUACAGCGAUAUUGUGGAAAAUGGAUACAACAUUAUGUACCUCACGAGCCGCUCUGUUGGCCAGUCUGACACGACGAGGGCUUAUCUAUAUGGCAUUGCCCAGGACGGCUACCGUCUGCCUAGGGGUCCGACAAUUCUAUCACCUGACCGGACAAUGGCUGCCCUUAGGCGCGAGAUAUACCUUCGUAAACCACACGUAUUCAAGAUGGCAACCCUACGAGACAUCCGAAGCUUGUAUGGCCCUGAAAAUCAUUGUUUCUACGCCGGCUUUGGAAACCGUCUCACAGAUCAGAUCUCGUACCGAACCGUCGACGUCCCCCGACAUCGCAUAUUUACCAUCAACUCCAAUGCCGAGGUCUCAUUGGAUUUAUUGAGUUUAAACAAGCUAAAACUCAGUUAUGUCAACAUGGGCGAAGUCGUUAACCACUACUUCCCUCCCGUAAGCACGCUUGUCAAAGGUGGCGGUGUUGAGUACACGGAUUUCACAUAUUGGCGCGACACCCCUCUAGAUUUAGAUGAGUUUUCAGCUAGCGAGUCAUCGGAACAUGGAGGGGCGAGUUCGGCGGAAGAAGAAGAAGACGACGAGGAUGUUGGUAAUAUGGGUGACAGUUAUAUCUCCAGAGGUGAUGAAUACGAGGAAGAUGAGGACGUGGAAGGCGGUGGAAGCGUGUUUAGUGGCGAAUACGAGGGCGAGGAGCAUAUGAUUGGAUCAUUGAUUGAGGACCAGUCCGACGACGCCGACGACGAAGAAGGAUAUCUGGACGAAGACGACCAGGUCGAAGAGGAAGACGAAGAUGAUAGGCAAGAACCACCGGCCAACCCUGUGCCCAAGACCGAACCAGCAGUCGCGUUUCACGAUCUUGAUGCUGAAAUCAUUACGGGUGUGGAAAAUCUCGGCGUUGAUAAAGAAACGCACGAUACAACGAAUGCUUAAGACAACUGUAAAAAGCUGUCUGUAUGAAACCUCCUGCCACCAGAUAAUAUGCUACAGUAAAUCUACUGUAUAGCACACCGUCGGUUGUCUAGUCAUUCCAUUCGGCCAUUCAGCCACGGAUGGCCCGGGCUCAUUUGUCGCCUGGCAACCAGGUCGUUACCGAAGUAACCCGGGUACCUAGG